ACUAAACAUUUCAAACUCUAAUCCCUAAUCCCCUAAUUUUUCUUACUAAUUCACUUUUACUCUUCUUCUUCUUUCACUCCCUUUUUCACACACACACACAGUGAAUAAUGGAAGAACAACUACCAGAACCGAAACGCCGAAAAAUUCGAGAAGUUGUGUUGGACAUCCUUAAAACAGCUGACAUAGAAACAGCAACAGAGUACAGUGUUCGAACCACUGUAGCCCAGCAGCUUGGUACUGAGAUAUUGAACAUUCAAGAGAAGCAGUUUAUAAGGCAUGUUAUUGAGUCUUUUUUACUCUCAACAGUUGAACAACCCACAUUGGAUUUUGUAGCUGAAGUACAAUUGUCAGCAGACAACGUACCUACUCAAAAACAAGAAGCAGAUGGUUCAUUGCCUAAUGGGAAUUUUCUUGAUUCCAAUGAGAAUAAUUGUCGAACUAUUUGUAAGCUGUCAGACAAGAGGAGUAUCGGGAUUCUUGACAUUCACGGGAAGCCCUUUGUGGCAAUACGUGACUUUUAUGAAAAAGACGGAAAGCUGGUUCCUUCUUCCAGAGGAAUUAAUUUGAGUGCUCAACAAUGGUCAUCAUUCAGGAGUAGCUUCCCAGCUAUUGUGGAAGCCAUUGCAACGAUGGAGUCGAAAAUUAGAUUGACAACUUGUGAAAAUCAGACUGCAGCAGACGUGGCUGCUCAAGGAAGAGAACAAAUUCAGACCAAUAUUUCCCAGUCAGUUAACCAUCAAGAGGGGAAGCUUUCUGCCGUCAGAAACGAAAAUGGAGAUGAUGUCUGUAAUUCAGCAAUAAUUACUAACUCUCAGGUGCAGAUGCCUAUUGAGAGACAACAAACAGAAGCUGAUAUUUCUAAUUCCCUUCCUUGCUUCUCACCUCAGGGACACAUACAACAGAGUUCUCGUACAACUUCCCUUGCCCAGAUGCCUAUUAAGACUAUUCGUCUUGAUGGAAAAAAUUACUAUUGCUGGAAGCAUCAAACAGAAUUUUUCCUAAAGCAAUUGAAUAUUGCAUAUGUGCUCAGUGAGCCUUGCCCGAACACUCUUGAAAACCGACAGAAAUGGGUUGAUGAUGACUACCUUAGUUGUCGCAACAUAUUGAACUCUCUAUCCGACAAGCUUUUUGAAGAAUACUCAAAGAAGAACUACAGUGCCAAAGAACUGUGGGAAGAGCUUAGAUCAACUUUUGAUGAGGAUUUUGGAACGAAGAGUUCCGAAGUUAACAAAUAUUUGCAGUUCCAAAUGGUUGAUGGCAUAUCGAUUCUUGAGCAGGUUCAGGAGCUUCACAAGAUUGUUGAUUCUCUCAUGGCAUCAGGAAUCUGGAUAGACGAGAACUUCCAUAUUAGUGCUAUUAUUGCAAAACUUCCCCCCUCUUGGAAGGACUGUCGUACAAGGUUGAUGCAUGAAAAUGUUCUGUCUCUCGACAUGUUAAUGCAUCAUCUAAGAGUGGAAGAAAAUUGUCGCAAUCGCUACAGAAAUGAUAAACAUGAGAAGAGAGUUGGAGCACGAAAAAAGGACCUGUCGAAGAAGCAGUGCUAUAAUUGUGGCAAGGAGGGGCACAUCUCAAAAUAUUGUACAGAAAGAAACUAUCAAGUCUGUGAGAAGAGCAACGGGAGGGAAAGCGAAACGUUUCCUGUUGUCACAGAAGCUAAGAUUAACGGGCAGUGCUAUAAUUGUGGCAAGGAGGGGCACAUCUCAAAAUAUUGUACAGAAAGAAACUAUCAAGUCCUUGAGAAGAGCAACGGGAAGGAAAGCGAAACCAUUCCUGUUACAGAAGCUAAGAUUAACGGGCAGUGCUAUAGUUGUGGCAAGGAGGGGCACAUCUCAAAAAACUGUAGAGAAAGAAACUAUCAAGUUUCUGAGAAGAGCAACGGGAGGGAAAGCGAAACCAUUCCUAUUAUCGCGGAGGCCAGGAUUAAUGGGAAGACAAACGAACUUGUAGCGAUUGUUACUGGUGUUAAGAGCAAUGGGAAGUCCGAUAAAUCGUAACAGAUAUUGGGAUAGCUGAGGGACCUUAGAGGGAGCAGCCAGUUCAAUUUGCUUGGUUUUUUUUUUUUUUUCCUUCUUUUCAUUUAGUGUAUUGUAUUGAGCUGUAGUCAAAUCUUGUUCAUACUCAAUGUGCUUCCAGUGAGGAUGUCAAAGAAUUGAAUCAUCUAACCUUGUUAAUAAGAGUUGGGUGCCUUAA